AUGGCUUCCCCAAGAUCAAACGCCAGGUUGGUCAGAUUCGCCAUCUUUGCGCUAGUCUUGAUCUUCUGUGGUUAUGUACUCACCAAGGGAUCCACAUAUGAGGCGCCACAGUCUCAGUCGGCGCCAGCUCAGGCUAUCCCCAAGAACGAGCCAAACCAGAAGGCUGUUGAGGAGCAAAAGCCUUUGAAGGACGCAUCAGCCCCAGCAGUUCCAGCUGCCCCAGAGCUUGUCAAGGGUGCUGCUAAUGAUGCCUCCAACCCUAACAUCGCCAACAAGAUCAAGGCGACUUUUGUUACCUUGGCUAGAAACUCCGAUAGAGCUUCUAUCCUUCAGUCCAUCAGACAUGUGGAGGACCGUUUCAACAAGAACUUCCACUACGACUGGGUGUUCUUGAACGAUCAGGAGUUCAACGAGGAGUUCAAGUCUGCCGUCUCUGCCGUUGUUUCUGGUCAGACCAAGUUUGGUCUCAUCCCUAAGGAGCACUGGUCUUACCCUGACUGGAUUGACCGUGAGAAGGCUGCCUUGGCCAGAGAGGCCAUGGUUCAGAAGAAGGUUAUCUAUGGUGGCUCCGAGUCUUACAGACACAUGUGUCGUUUCGAGUCUGGUUUCUUCUACAGACACGAGUUGAUGAAGGAGUACGAGUACUACUGGCGUGUUGAGCCAGACAUCAAGAUCUUCUGUGACAUCGACUAUGAUAUCUUCAAGUACAUGAAGGACAAUGACAAGUGGUACGGAUGGACCAUCUCUUUGCCUGAGUACAAGGAGACCAUCCCAACCUUGUGGGAGACUACCCGUGAGUUCAUGGAGAAGUACCCUCAAUACCUCGCCAAGGACAACAACUUGCCAUGGAUUUCUGACGACGAUGGAAAGACAUACAACGGAUGUCACUUCUGGUCGAACUUUGAGAUUGCCAAGCUUGACUUGUGGCGUGGGGAGGCCUACCUGAAAUACUUUGAGUACCUUGACAAGAAGGGAGGCUUCUUUUACGAAAGAUGGGGUGACGCGCCCGUGCAUUCGAUCGGUGCCUCGCUUUUCGUCCCCAGAGACAAAUUGCACUUCUUUGGCGACUUGGGUUACUGGCACGUGCCUUUCCACAACUGUCCCGUGGACGAAGAAACUCGUAAAGCCAAGAAGUGUGUGUGUGAGCCUAAGGACGAUUUCACCUGGAGAGGCUACUCUUGCACGCCCAAAUUCUUCUCCCAGCACGGCUUGAAGAGACCAACGGGCUGGGAACAAUUCACUCAGUAA